AUGGCCUCCCCCGUCCCUAUCCAAGACCUCACAGCCCUCGAGCGCAUCGGACCCAAGGGCUACCUGCGCUAUGUCUUCCCCUUCCAGCUCCCAGACAACUACGACCUCUCCGAAGUCUCCCGCGUAAUCCAAGCCGGAUACGACGCCCUCACCCAGCGCAUCCCCGUAGUCAGCAGCGAAGCCAUCCCAGACCCCGACGCCAAACAAGCAGGCGUGCUGAAAUUCCACGGCCGAAACGAGGACAGCGCAAAGAUCGUCGUCAAGGACCUGCGCACUUCCUUUGAAUCAACCUACGCCGACCUGAAAUCGAACCACUUCCCCGUCUCCGCGUUCGACGCCGAUACUCUCUGCCGUCGCUCCGUGUGGCCAACCGCCGGCGAGAGACUGCCUGUUUCCCUCGUACAGGCGAAUUUCAUCCCAGGCGGACUCCUGCUGACAUGGUGUAUCCUGCACAUGGCCGGCGACGGGACGUCAUUCUAUACAUGGACAAAGCUAUGGGCGGAGGGAUGUCGUCGUGCGCAGGGGCUCGAAGUCACAGAACCCGCGCAACUAUCAGAGGAUCUAUGGAAGGACAGAGCCCAGAUCUCGAAACCGCUCGGGCAUAAUGAAGGGAAGCUGGAGAACCACCCGGAGUAUACCCAUCUCCCGUUCACGCCGCCGGGGGCGCCGCCGAAGAUGCUCUCGCAGAGUCACAGGGGGCAGGUGUAUUACUUCUCGCCGGAGUCUCUGGCGGCGCUCAAGGCCGAGGCGGCCCCGGCUAAUGCUACGACAGUGAGUGGGCAGUCGUGGAUCUCGACGAAUGAUGCUUUAUCUGCGCUCAUCUGGCGCACGGUCAUGGCGGUUCAGUCGCCGCUGGAUACACUAGAGGGAGACCCUGUGUCGACAUUCGGGAUCGCCAUUGACGGACGACAGCGCACGAACCCGAAAGUGCACCCGAAUACGCUCGGCUGUUUCCUCGAGUACGUGGCUGUCUCGACGCCGAUUCGGAAGAUGCUGUCCGAGCUGAAUCUGGCGGACCUGGCGGUUCAGAUCCGCGAGGCGAUUCUGCGUGCUGAUGGCGAGUUCACGGAUGAUGUUGUGUCUCUUGUUGAGAAGUUAGAGGACGUGGAUAGACUGGUUCCGACUGCGUUUUUGGAUGUUCCUGGCUUUAACUGUGUGUUGACCUCGUGGGUUGGGUUUGAGCUUUAUGGGUUGGAUUGGGGGACUCUCUUGGGCGGGAAGAUUGAUGCCGUGAGAGUGCCGAAUGUGGGCUGUAUCAACGGGGCCCAGGUGGUGCUUCCUGUGCUGCCGGAUGGGGGGAUGGAGCUUCUUGUUGGCGUUGAGGGGACUUGCUUGGAUAGACUGUUGAAGGAUCCUUUGCUCAACAAGUUUGGUGUUGCGAGGUAG